AUGGCGCCCGCACCGACCAGGUUGAGUUUGGCCACGGGCAAGGCGUCUUCGUCCAAACGCAGUACUAAGCGUGUUACGACCACCUCUACUAGCUCCACCUGCUCGCCCAACGAUAGUGCUGCAGCUGUCGACGAAGCCCAUUUGCGCCUUCACCAACUCGCCUCUUCUCUGCCCAGCGAGCUUGUCACUUACAUUAUCGAAUUCGCUGCAGCAAACGCAAUCGAGAACCGCGCCAAACUUCGGCUUCUGUGCCUGUCCAAGUACUACCACGAUCGACUCUCGCCGCUUCUCUACCACACAAUAGUGCUAUGCUCGUCGGCAGCCCUCCACGCUUUUGCCACUCUGGUCAAAUCUAAUCUGAAGGUCGCUCGUCACGUACGGAGACUCUGGGUGGGGCCCGACUCCUGCUCCUCGGACCUGAUCACGGCACUCUCUCCACCUUCGUAUACCGAGGCUGGCUACAUCACAGAUAUGCGCGAACACGUGCACACAUCCGUACGAAUCGUCUUGCGAUCGUGUCGAAAACUGCAAGACGUCGCGUUAGCGGGAGAGCUGCUGAGCCUGCACGCUGCGCAUACCUACGGAUCCGCCUGCCAACCAGUUCGCUUGACCAGCGUCAAUCCGCACAGCUUCGUGGGAGGCUUCUCAGCACCGAUUUUUCGAAAAGUAAGGGUGCUAAGGAUCGUGGAUACGAAUUUGGCGUUCGAAGAGGCGGACGAGAUCAGGACGUUGGCAGAGCUCGAGUGGCUGAUAUGGUCGGCGCCCAAGGAUUACGGUGACAUCACGAGGGAUGCCAACGUGUUGAGAAGGUUGCUCCAGCGACCGCGCAAGCAUUUCACUCACCCUUCACCCGAGCAUGCGCGAGGCGCAAAUGCCGAAGCCGGACAGCCACAAGUGCAGUUCGAGACAGCUUCGCAAACACCACUCUCGUCAGCUGCGGCUGCAACACCGGCAUCUCAACCACCAGCUAUGAUCGACCGGCUGGACGAGCUCUGGACGAACCUUUCGGCGCUCGAAUUGUCCGAAGGACUAGCACCCGCGCGACCGAGCAAGAACGACAAGUUUCGACGACUCACCAUCCAGUCCGCUCACAACAGAUGUGUGGAAUUCCGACACCUGCUCGCCAACUCGUUCCCGCUUUAUUCGGAUCCACCCUCCCCUGCCUCCCACCACUCGGAUACAACAGGCGGAUUAGCAGGCGGACUCGAUGCAACGUUCCAAGACCUCGAACGCGAAUGGGACCCUUCGCUCAACGUUCCCACCAUCCACCCAACCGUUCUGACCGCCUCAGUGCUGGACGAAUGGGACGCUCUCAGGGAUUUUAUCAACAACGCUGCGGGCCAGUAUAGCAAUUUGAGCAUGUGGGACGAUCUCGGUGGAGGAGCAGCAUCGCCCGAGGGAGACGCCGAUAAUGCUCUGCGCAGGCAGAGGAUGGUCUGGGCUUCGUUGGGCGAUGUUGGCUUGCCUGCAGCUGUGACGAGCGGUUUGCACACGAUAACACGGUAG